UGUCCAGGCUGGUCCACGGAGGCCAGAGGAAAGCGGGGACAGGACCUGCAGUGAAGGCCCAGGAGGCAAGAAAAAAGAGCAAAGGCGCAAGGACUCCAAGCUUCGUUCCCAGAUCAUCAAGGCAGACAGAAUCCGUUCGUCCCCAUGGGCCACCAGGCGCCAUGGUCACACACUUGUCUCCUCUGGACAGCUGUGGCCAUCCUGCUCCUCCCCCCAGCCAUGACCCAGCAGCUGAGGGGGCCUGGCCCGAGCCCCAGCCCCUGGAACCAUAAUGCGGGGCUACCGGGGCCCUCCGAGGACACAUCAGCCGAACUGGGCCACCCGAGUCACGGAGGUGAGAAGGAAGGGCCCCCCCGGGUGAGUGGACGUCACGUCCUGAGCUAUGGGGAAGAGGACAGAGACGUCUCCCAGGAGUAUAGUGACCGGCUCCAAGGUAUAAACAGCGAGGAGGGGACUCAGCAGGAAGGUGGAGAUUUGGUGGGACACGGGCUCCGUGGCCACCACCACCGGGAGGAGGAGGAGGAGGAAGAGGAGGAGGAGGAGGUUGUGUCCAGUGAGCAUCACCAUUACAGCACCAGGCACGCACACCGAAGCCAUGGGGAGGAAGAUGAACAUGAGAAAGGUGGAGAUGCCUCCAGCGAGUAUGGACUCCAGGUCCGCGGACACCGAAGCCACAAAGAUGAGGAUGAAGAUGAUGGCGAUAAUGACGAGGCCUCCAGCGAAUAUGGACUCCAGGUCCAUGGACACAGAGGCCACAAAAAUGAGGAUGAAGAUGAUGACGAUAAUGAUGCCUCCAAUGAAUAUGGACUCCAGGUCCAUGGACACCGAGGCCACAAAGAUGAGGAUGAAGAUGAUGAUGAUAAUGAUGCCUCCAAUGAGUAUGGACUCCAGGUCCACGGACACCGAGGCCACAAAGAUGAGGAUGAAGAUGAUGAUGAUGAUGAUGCCUCCAGUGAGUAUGGACUCCAGAUUCACAGACACCGAGGCCACCGGGAGGAAGAGGAUGAAGAUAUGUCAGAGGAACACCAUCCUCAUGCCCCCAGCCAUGGACAUCAAGGUCACAGAGAUGAGGAAGAUGAGGAUGAGGAUGUGUCCACUGAGCAGUGGCACCCAGUUCACAGACAUCCCCAAGGUCAGGAGGAAGAUGAGGAGGAGGAGGGGCUCUCAGUCAGGUUCAGCCACCCUGUUGCAAGCCACCAGCCCCAAGGCCACGAGAGCCCUGAGCAUGAGGUGUUCCCAGGUGAGCAUAAGGAAGUAGUUUCUGGGCACCAGCAUCAAAGAGUGGCUGAGGAAGACGAUGGGGACCUCUCUGGAAUGCCCAGUCAACAGGCUCCCAGUUCCAGAGAUGAAGGAACAGGUGACAAAGCAUCCAUCAAGGAGGAGAUGAGCCCCCGGUCACAGAGACAUGCAGAGGGUGAGGAGAUCAGUCACUGGAAGGCUAGAGAGUCAACAGAGGAAGAAGACAAGAAGGGAGAAGAAGAGGAAGAAGAGGAGGAAGACUCACAGCAGAGGGAAGAAUCCCACCAGGACCGCCCAGAGCAAGAGGAUGAGGAAGAUGAGGACGAUGGAGGCCACGGUGUCAGCUUGAGCCAGGAGGAAGAGGAGGAGGAAGAGCUGGGGGAGAGGAAGCAAGAGAGGGCAGAGGUUGUGGCCCCCCUUAGCUCUUCCCAUCAGGAGGAGGAAGAUGAAGAGGGGCUAGAGGAAGACCAGUUCCCAUUCACUAUCAUCCCCAACCCACUAAGUGCUCGGGAGGUGGCUGGAGAGAGUGCCAGUGAGGAGGACGAUGGUGAAGACACAGAUUCACAGGAUGCCCAGGAUUAUGGGAACUACCAGCCAGGGUCCCUGUGUGGCUAUUGCUCCUUCUGCAAUCGAUGCACAGAAUGUGAGAACUGCCACUGCGACGAGGAGAACAUGGGUGAGCACUGCGACCAGUGCCAGCACUGCCAAUUUUGCUAUCUCUGCCCGCUGGUCUGUGAAACCGUCUGCACUCCAGGAAGCUACGUCGAUUAUUUCUCCUCGUCCCUGUACCAGGCUGUGGCGGAUAUGCUGGAACCCCGGGAACCCUGAGCCGGCUGCGCAUCCGCAGCGCACGUCCCUUCCCACGGACCCUAUUUAUUUUUCGGAAUAAACGAGCUCCCCGGAAGCGUUA